AUGUCAUUUACCUUUGAACAAUUUGAAGCCUUACUGGAACGCCAAGAAAAAUGUUUUGAACAGUUCCAGAUGCGCAUGAUGGAGAUGUUAACUCAGAAAAUGAACCUGGAUCAAAAAGAAGUUACAGUUGACCCCUUCAAAUCUCAUGUUGACCAGAUUGUUAAUUCUAUCCAUGAAUUUAAUUUUGAUGGUUCAGCCGGCAUUACUUUUGAGACUUGGUUCAAGAUAUAUGAAGACUUAUUCAAGGUCGACCUCAAAAAUCUUGAUGACGCCGCUAAGGUCAGAAUACUCUUGCGAAAACUUGGAACUGCUGAACAUGAACGUUACAGUAAUUUUAUCCUUCCAAAGAAUCCAAGAGAUUUUUCUUUUGAUGCAACAAUUGAAAUUUUUCGCAAAUCUUUGCUGAACAGUCAUCCUUGUUUAAUAUUCGUUAUCAAUGUCUCAAGAUGA